UGCAUGCAUGUUUUUCAGGAUCUUCAAAAGUUUGUCGUCGUUGUGACAUGCUCCUGCUAAAUCCAUUUACGGGACUGUGCGCGUAUUUCGGAUAGAACUUGAACAGCAAGAGAGUGGUGUGCAAUUGAAGUGUUUAAUAAUAAAUAAAGUUUGUGCGGAUUGGGGUUGUAAUAUGUUAGAGUUUUACCGGCAUUUAAAUCUUAACACCACCAUGCUGCCAGACCACAACAGCGUCCCAGGAAUGGACUGCAGCAGAACAGGCGACGGGGUCGUCGUGGGCAACCUGGGCACGGGAGACGUCGGCGGCGGCGGUGGCGGGGGUGGCAUCAGAGGCGGAGGCCACCUAAUAAAAUGCGAAAAGACGUAUGAGAUCUGCGAGGGCUGCGGCCAGAAGAUCCACGAUCGGUACCUGAUGAGGGUGGCAGACGCGAGCUGGCACGAGCACUGUCUAGUGUGCUGUGUCUGCAGGGUGCCCCUCAAUCAUUCCUGUUACACAAGAAACACCAAACUGUACUGCAAGGCUGAUUACGACAGGAUAUUUGGUGUAAAGUGUUCACGUUGCGGAGACAGGGUACUGCCCCACGACAUGGUAAUGAGGGCCCAGCAACAUGUUUUUCACCUACCCUGUUUCGUAUGUGUCGUGUGCUGUCAACCCUUACAAAAAGGCGAACAAUUUGUCCUGAGGGCCGGACAACUCUUUUGUAGACAAGACUUCGAGAAAGAAAUGUACAUGAUGCAACAAGCAGGCUCAGGGGACGACGACCUUCUUGACGAAGGACGUCCAAGGGAUGGUAGAAGGGGUCCGAAACGCCCGCGUACGAUACUGACGUCGGCCCAGCGUCGUCAAUUCAAAGCCUCGUUCGAAGUAAGUCCAAAACCAUGUCGAAAAGUGAGAGAAGCCCUAGCAAAAGAGACAGGUCUUAGCGUCCGUGUGGUUCAAGUAUGGUUUCAAAAUCAGAGGGCGAAAAUGAAGAAAAUUCAGAGGAAAGCCAAGCAAGACGAUGGCGGGAAAACGUCGUCUGAUAAGGAGAAGAGCGAAAAAGACGAGAAAAUUAUCAAGCAGGAGUCUCCAGGAAGCGAUCAGGGUCACUAUUUGGGAUUGAAUAGUAUCGGGGAUACAUUCGCAACGUCCAGUCAACCUUUGAAUCCCAAUAUGCCCUAUUCUCCCGAUGAUGCGUAUCCAGCACAUUCGGGAGAAAGUUUUUGUAGUUCGGACAUAUCCUUAGACGACAGUACGAAUUUUGACCAUUUGGACGAAGCAACGUCGGAUACAAUGUCGAUACACAAUAUGGAAAUGCAAAAUUCCCAUAAUACGAGGCCCCAUGAGGGCCUGCCACCAGGUGCCAUAGCUAAUCCUAUUGACAAGCUUUACCUCAUGCAAGACUCGUAUUUUAGUACGGAACAGUAAAACAAAA